AUGGCCAUCAGUAAAGAGCAAACGAAGCAAGCUGGGAAGGCAACAGGGGGCAUGGAGGCGGAGCCAAGGAUAGCAAGGGAAGAAGCCGCGAAGGAGCAGAAGGAGUGGGAAAUCGGGGAAGGAAUGUCGGAAGAGGAUGCGGCGAAGCUGAAGGAGGUACUGAGGCAGCAUAGAGCGGCGUUUGGUUUCUCACUAAAGGAAGUGGGGCGCUGGGAGGGACAGAGGGGGAGGGACAAAGGGGGAGGGACAAGAGGGGGAGGGGCAGAGGGGGAGGGACAGAGUGGGAGGGACAGAGGGGGAGGGACAAGAGGGGGAGGGACAGAGGGGGAGAUACAGCGAGUCCACUGUCUGGCGUCCCCUCCCCUCGUCGCCAUUGCAUUCGCCCGCUCUACCUCCAUCCCUCCCCGUGAUGCCAUUCCACUUCCGCCUUCGUGCCCCCUGCUGUUGCCCUCACUUUCCCUUACACCGCCCGCCUCCUGCCCUCCUUACCUCCUACCAACCUUACCUCCCGCCUUCCUUACCAUCCGCCCUCCUUACCUCCCACCCUUCUUACCUCCCGCCCAAUUUACCUCCUGCCCUCGUGACAGGCAUCUUUCCCAGCAGAGCAAUCAUCAGACGUCCGCAGUGCGGAUGUUGCUCACCCGCUGUGUGAUGAUCACACCCCAGCAUUGCUUAUUCCUCCCUGCCCCUUCACGAUAG